AUGCGGAGCAGGAGGAGGCGCCGGAAACCGGAUGCAGACAAGGAGGAGGAGGAGGAGGAGGAGGAGGAGGAUGAGGAGGAGAGGGUUGCGCGGUGGCACCGGGAAGGAAGACCGGACGCUAAACAAGGAGAAAAACGGACGCUAAACAAGGAGGAAAAAUGCGGCCGACAUGCGGCGCUACGCUGCGCCGCGGACCAGGGAUCAAUACGGCGUCGCGGGCCAGGAGGGACCAGGAGAGGCGAGCCGAGGCGAGGAGCCAAGCCUGGGGGCCGCGAUCGACGCCCCCGCCGGUCGCCGCCGGCCGCGGGCGCCGUGUCGGUGCGCGUGCCUGGGUCCGUGCGGGCGGCGGACGCCUGCGGGGGUCGGGGCGCGGGCGUCCGCGGCUCAUUAACGCGCGAGAGGGAAGCUCGCAUCCGCGCCGAGCCGGGCCGAGCUUAA